GCAUAUGCUGCUUCAAGGGCACGCGGUACCUGCGAACACAUGAUCGCCUCCGAUCGGUGGGGGCUGGGCGCUUGGUCUUCUGCGGACGCCUUGGCUCAUUGGCAAAGCGCGGCGGUCAGUUCGUGGAUAUCGAGGCCUUGGCCACUUCUUUGGCCGCCACUCCGGGCGUCGCAGAAGGGACCGUCCUCUCCGGACCCGAAGCCCUCGAGGCAUUCGUUACCCUGGAGGAGGAGGCGUUGUUGCGACCUCUCACGGAGACGCUGUCGGCGGCGGCGCGGGCAGCAGGCUUCCGCGACAUCCUGUGACUGGAAAAGUAGACCGACAGCGCUUGCAGGAGCAGCUGCAGUCGCAGAGGUACCGCGAGAAGCGGCAUUGGGAUCGACUCCGACGUGUGCAGAGGGAGAUGCUCAGGUCCUACCGUUCCUGGUAUGCAGUCGCACUGGUGCAGUUGUCGACACCUGCUGUGCUGGUGUUCCGACUCCUUGGCGGAACCAUGUGGGACUUCCUGUUAGCUUUGCUGUUGCGCUUGCUGGUCCUUCCCUACGCAUGGAUG